GUCUGAGCGCGUCGAGCACAGCGCGCGCUCUCUCCAUACUGACCCUCCAUUGUCAGCACGCUAACGAUGCCAGCGCUCGCAGUCGCCGCCGCCGCCCAGUAGAGACCUCUCAGCCCGAGGACCGAGCACCACGACCCCGUUACACAGACCGAGAGCGCGCCCCAGAGACUUAUGUUCCAGUCCAACGCUGUCUUUUGCGGGAUUUAAUGCUCUAGCUAGUCGCCGACAGGGAGAGCGAGUGUGUGUGUGAGAGAGGGAUAGGGACAGCCUUAGAGAGGGAUAAGGAAGAAACACCGAGGAUAUUUCUCAGCCGGACCGUUUUGGAGAUAAAAAAGAGCCGAGGUUCAUCUAGCCAUGGGAUGUACACUGAGCGCAGAGGAAAGAGCGGCUCUGGACAGGAGCAAAGCCAUCGAGAAGAACCUCAAAGAAGACGGAAUCACUGCUGCUAAAGAUGUGAAAUUGCUUCUGCUAGGGGCUGGGGAAUCUGGGAAAAGUACCAUCGUGAAACAGAUGAAGAUUAUCCAUGAGGAUGGAUUCUCCGGUGAUGAUGUGAAGCAGUACAAGCCGGUGGUCUACAGUAACACCAUCCAGUCUCUGGCUGCUAUCGUGCGUGCCAUGGACACACUGGGCCUGGAGUACGGAGACAAGGAGCGCAAAGCGGAUGCUAAGAUGGUGUGUGAUGUUGUGAGCCGUAUGGAGGACACUGAGCCCUAUUCUCCAGAGCUGCUGUCUGCCAUGAUUCGCCUGUGGUCUGACUCGGGCAUCCAGGAGUGCUUCAGCCGUGCCCGCGAGUACCAGCUCAAUGACUCCGCCCAAUAUUACUUAGACAGUUUAGAUCGAAUCGGAGCUGCAGAUUACCAGCCCACAGAGCAGGACAUUCUGCGAACUCGAGUGAAGACCACCGGGAUUGUAGAAACCCACUUCACCUUCAAGAACCUGCAUUUCAGGCUGUUUGAUGUGGGAGGUCAGAGGUCGGAGAGGAAGAAAUGGAUCCACUGCUUUGAGGACGUGACCGCCAUUAUCUUCUGUGUGGCUCUGAGUGGAUACGACCAGGUGCUCCAUGAAGACGAGACCACGAAUCGCAUGCACGAGUCUCUUAUGCUGUUCGAUUCCAUCUGUAACAACAAAUUCUUCAUUGACACUUCCAUCAUUCUCUUCCUCAACAAGAAAGACCUGUUCGCUGAAAAGAUCAAGAAAUCUCCCCUGAGUAUCUGUUUCCCUGAAUACACAGGUCCAAACACCUACGACGAUGCAGCCGCUUACAUCCAAGCACAAUUUGAAAGCAAGAACCGCUCGCCUAAUAAGGAGAUCUACUGUCACAUGACCUGCGCCACGGAUACAGGAAACAUCCAGGUGGUGUUCGAUGCUGUGACCGACAUCAUCAUCGCCAACAACCUGCGAGGCUGCGGCUUGUACUGAGGCCCGUCCCGUUCCUCUCCAGCCACUUCUUUGGAAAUGAUUAUUAUUGAAAAUGCAAGUUGGUAAAUAAUGAUAACGAUAAUUUUAAAAAUAGGCAUAUACAAAUAUAUAAAUAUAUUAUAUAUAUAUAUAUGAAAUGUUUUUAGUUUGUCUUUCAAAGAGCUGCCAACAGAACUGAUUUCUUAUAGAAACCCAGCCUUUAUGGUUUUAGAACAAAGUUGGGACCUUUUUUUUGUGCGUGUCGUACGUUUCGUUCUCCCCUGUUUUCCACCGUGUCUUUCUCGUUUGAACUAAACAACCCUCAUUUUUUUGUUUUGAUAAAUGUCUCUCUUUUACUAUUUUUUUAUGUUUUGUGUCAUUGUAUGUAUAUUUAUUACACGGAUAUCAGUCAGGGGGGAUGACCUGUACAUGUUUGCCUGGCUACUGAAUUUACUUACGCGACAAUAGCUAAAAUUCACGAGCACUACGGUUCAAGUCAGUUGUAGCGUGUGCCCCCGUCUCUGGAUUUUUAAUCACCGUAGUACCAUUCGACAUAUCGUAGAGAAUGGAAAACACCCAGGAUCACUUCUUAACGUCUCAACCCAUCCCCGUCACUUCCGUAGGUCAGAUCUCUGGCGAGAAAGAGGUCCCUGGGACACUCGACGCCAGUCCAGUGAUCGCAAGUGUCAUGUCAGUGCCAACCUUCUGAGAAUGACGUGUCUGGGAAUAGUACUAGAAACACUAGGUCACUGUUAUGAGAACUUAUUAACAUUUGUCUUGUAAGGAACUUUUACUUUUGUAUUGUUGUUGAUUAAUUUAUUAAUUUAUUUAUUGAUCAUCUAUCCCACACACUUCCUUUGUACUUACUACACCUCGUCCAUUCUUCUACCUCUCGUCCGCUGUCCCCCUUCCCAUUCCUUCUCUUUCCCUGUUUUAGUUGGCUGGGUAAUGGAGUCCCCGUCACUGAUAGCAUGACCCCUUCUUCAGCCUUUGUAUAAAGAAACAGCUAACUGCUUCACAUAGUGCAAAACGAAAAAAGAAAACUCGAAAUAAAAAGAACAAAAAAAUAAAAAAAACAUGGGAAAAAAAGACGGAUGGCAUCGUGUGGGUGGGGUUUCGGGGGUGGGCGGGUAGAUGUGGGGCUCAGGGAGAUGAUGUGGAGGCUUGCAGACAUGAAAGUCACUGGGCUGUCAGUCUUAUAGAAAGCUGUAGAUCCUCCAGUUCUAGAGUCGAGUAGAAAAAAUUGAGAAAAAACAAACAAAAAAAAAAGACUAAAAAAAUAAGAAUGACAAUAAUAACAAACGAUGAUGAAGACGAUGAUGAUGAUAAUAACAGUACCAAUAUCAAUGAUUAUUCUGUAAUAUUAUUAAAGGUAUAUUUCUUGUGCUUUGUAGCUACAGAACUUUUUCCCCCCUCUCUCCCCCUUUUUUUAAAAAAAGAAUUUUGCAAGGGUUCCUGUGAUCCACUCUUGAACCGUUCUUACUGACUUACCCAUGUUGAUGUUGAUGAACUGUACCGAUUCUUUUUGCCUGUUCGCCCUGCAUUGCAAUGUCUUUACUUAGCCUGAAUUACAGUAUAUGUAUUGAUUUAUUUGAUUUUAUUUGUUUUAUUUUCUGUUUUUGUUUUGAACGAACCACUUUUUGGAGGUGUGGCUCCGCCCCCGGUGCUGGAGAGGGCGGAGCUACGCACUGCUGUACAGAUUCAUGCGCUUUCUCUUGGUUUUUUGAGAAUUGUACUCAAACACCUUCCAGGUCUGCAUAGAAAAGCACAGCUCUCACCUAUCACACGUAGAUUUGGAAAGAUGUAUCUCUCCUCCCUCUCUGCCUUCUCGGUUUGAAAUUCAAGAAAAAGAGAAAAAAAAACAAUUACCUUCACCACCGUUGAUUUGGAUUCUCCUUCCCUUUUUCGUUUCUUUUUUAAACCUUUCUUUUUCUCUCCAAGUGAAUGCUUUUGUGCUGCUUUUUCUCCCUCUUCUUUAGUGAAUGGUUGUUCUUUCAUGUGGGAUGUUCGUGCUGGAAAACCAAUCGAAUGUAGUGUUUACAUUAAAAGCCACAGUUUUCAUGACUACAACCUGGA